AUGCUCUCCCUGUACAGCUCCGAGCCCUUCCACCUCGCCGCCCUUCAAGCGUUCCUGCGCCUCUUUCCCUUCGAGAAUCUCGCCCUCGACAUCGCCCUGCGCGCCUUUCUUUCUUCGGCGUCCCUCCCGUCCGAGACGCAGCAGAUCGAUCGCGUCAUGGAGGCGUUUGCGCGGCGCUACUGCGAGUGCAACCCGGGCCUGUUCGGCGCCGUGCCCAAGAAGCGCGAGGUCGGCGACGAGGGCCUCUCGACCGAGGGCGGCGCAAGCGACGACGGGAGGUCGGGGCUCGGGCCGAGGCGGGACGGGCAGGAGGAGAGCGACAUCCCUUACGUCCUCGCCUUCUCGAUGGUCAUGCUCAACACGGACCAGUUCAACCCGAACGCCAAGAGCAAGAUG